CCUAAUUUUGCCGGUUAUGUCUGCGACGCCACUGUCUGCUUCAAAUUAAAGGUCAGCGUGGUACAGAAAAGUUGUGAGAAAAUUUUGUGCAAAAACCACCUGAGAGACAACCGUGGAAUCGACCUUUUAUUCUAGGCUUGAAAGUAAGCGCAUCUCAAAAAUGGCACCAGAACGCAAAGUUCCUAUCCAAAAAUCCGAUUUCCAUGUCUUGGAUGAAGAAUUCCAAUCAGUUCGGGGUCGAUUUGAGGCCGAAAUGAAAAAAAUGGAAGAAGAGAUGGCCAAACUUAGGGCCAAGCUUCAAGAGCAGGACCGAGGGUCCUUUAAAUCGAGUGCAUCUCUCCGAAUGUCCACCACUGAAGAAUCGACCUCCAGCCACAAGUCUGUGGAUCACAGCUCGUGGAUGGAUGAUCUGAACUCACCUCUCAUCCAGAAUGGAGACGAUGGUAAGAAUCUGAAACUCAGAUUCGAUGUCAGUGAUUAUGCUCCGGAAGAGAUCCUUGUCAAGACAAUCGACAAUAAAUUGAAGGUGAGCGCCAAGCACGAAGAGAAAUCUCCCAACAAGACCGUAUACAGAGAAUACAACAGGGAAUUCAUGCUGCCUGUGGGCACCAACCCCGAACUCAUCAAGUCCUCCUUGUCCAAGGACGGCGUCCUCACCAUUGAAGCUCCCCUGCCCAGCAUCGAUUCUUACCGAGAGCGCACGAUACCCAUCGACAAAUGCUAAGCCACUUCACGCUUUUGCGGGUUUUACUUUUCUCACUGAGUAGUGACUAUGAAACAGCUUAGUCUAUUUGGCUGUUUAUUGUUGUACGUAUUUGCUAUAUACUUAGCAGGACUGCAUGAUUUCUUUUAGCAUUUUUGCCUAUCAUACCUUCUUGGAGUUUUUUAAUAACUCAAAAACAUAUAGUAGUGAAAAUAAGAUUUAAAUAUUGAAUUUUUGACGUUAUUUAAAGCAUUUUUAAACCAUUUUCGGUAAUUACUUUCUGGUCAGUCGUAUUUUUUUUUAUUAACAUACGGAUUUUGGGAAUUUGAGAAUAUAUAUAUAUAUAUAAGAGAUAACUGCUUUUUGAAUUCUGUAUUACACUAUAUUUUAAAUUGGAACUGAAAUUGUUAAAAUGUCAAAUAAAUUUUAAAUUGUGUCGAAAUAGAAGAGUGCAAAAGGAAUUUUAGUUUUAAUGUGUUUUAUAUUUCUGGAGGAAUAGGAUAAACACAUACUGCUCUGUACCGAAUGCUUAUAUUCAGCGGCAGAUUCAGGUAUUAUGAUGUCCCUCUUUUAAUAAAAAUUAAUUUAACAUUUCAACGUAUUUUUAGUUUAAUCAAUAUAAUAAUGUAAAUUUAAUCGAUAUAAAAUUUUAAUUAAUUUAAUCAACAUAAUUUUAAUUUAAUUGAUAUAAUGAUUCACCCUAGGGUAUUUUUUUAUUUUAGUAACUUUGCGAAAAUAGACAUUUUAUUACUUAUUUAAUUAUUACGACAUAUAAUUUCAGUUUCAACGUUUGAAUAUGAUAAUAUCUAAGCGGAUAUUUGGAUUUUAUAAAUAUUGUAAUAACAAAGUGAACGAAAUACGGCACAGAAACCUCAUCAAAAAAGGUAAAGUGUUGAUAUUUUCAAAUAUUUUAGAAUUCACUGAAUUUGUAUUUUUUGCAAAUUUAUUUAGUUACUAAACAAUUAACAUUUAUUUAAUUGAUCUGCCUGAGACCUCCUUCAGUUCAUCGACCCUAGGUAGCUGCCUAGUUGGAAAUAUGUCACUGCUUAUAUUUAUAAAUUUAAAGUAAUGCAGACUGUAUUUAGAUAGUGGGUAUUGUUCUUAUUUCUUGGUAAUAUAAAGGAAAUAAUAUUAAAAUUUAAAUUUUAUUUGAAUUGAUAUAUCUAUAAUAUACAUUUCCUCUGAAAUCAAUUUUUAACAAUUUGGAGUUAAUUGAAAAAUUUUGUCAAAUAACUUUAAUGCAGGUCGCAAUUUAAUUCUAAUGUGGCAGUGUUUUGUGUCGUAUGAUAUUUUUUCUAAUUUAUAAGGUACAUUAAAAUGUAUUAAAAUAGUUAUAAUAUGAGUUUAGUUAAUUUGUUAAAUCUGCAUUAGAAUUGGAAAAUAAAUAUAAAUUUUAAUGUAAGAUUGUACUUAAAAAUUCUCCUUAAAAAGUUGACUUUUAUUUAUGAUGGUAAUUAGAACUACAAAUAAAAAAAUUUAAUAAAUUGCGCAUAAUUAUUAAUAAAUGAAUAAAAAAAUUCUUUAAUAUUUUAAAAAUUAAAAAACAAACAAACAAACUUAACAUUAGAUUGUGUACAUCAAUGAAAAGAAAUUCGAUUGUAAAGCAUGUGUGCCGAUUGAUUUUGCGCAAAAACUUUGAAAAUCAAAAUAAUGCAUGGAGUAUUUUUUUUUUUUGUAAGAUCUUGUGUACAUUGUUCAACCUCAUGCAGUCCUGCUCUUUUGUGAUUCGAUGAUAAUUUAUUAUUUACCCAUUGUGAGAGAGAUUUUGUUCGACGUCUAUCCAUCUGUAAUGUAGCAUCUUUCUACUUCAUCAGUGUAGUUGUAACUUGUUUGCCAACAUUCCUUUGAUGAAGCUUCCGGACAGCUUCGAAGUGUUCGUAGAGUUAUUAUUUUUUUUCUUGUGGUUUUCAUUACGCCGCUGAGCUUAUGCUAGCUUUGAAAGAAGCCUUGGAGGCAUUUUUUUGAUGUAUUAUACAUAUAAUAUAAAUGUAUGAAGAAUAUAUAUAUUUCAGAAUUGGACGAAUAAAUUUCUAUGUAAAUUC